UUCUUAGGAUAAAACACCUUAAAAGACUUUGUUUAAAAUCAAUAAGCUUUUCAACUUGCAGUUUGAGAAGUUGUUGAAAAGAUAGUGCUUCACAGAGAAGAAGAAGAAGAAGAGAGGUCUGAAUUUUGUGAUACUGUAAAUCAUGGCCUCAAGUUCAACGAAGAACAAUCCGUUACUACCAACGACGACGGCGAUCGAUCCAUCACCGCCGCGGAUGGAGGAGAAGCUCUUCAAAGGAUCGGCCAUGACCAAACGCGGUGCUUAUGCUGCUAUCUCUUACAUGUCAUGUGCUGUUCUCUUGGUAUUGUUCAAUAAAGCAGCUCUUUCUUCAUACAACUUCCCAUCUGCAAAUGUCAUCACACUCUGUCAGAUAAUAUGCUCGUGUUGUUUUCUUUAUCUCUUAAGACGGCUGAAGCUGAUUUCUUUUCAUUUGAGUGAAUCGCUGGCUACUCCUGACAAUUUUAAAACGUUUGUGCCACUGAAGACAGUAAUUGAUACUUUACCUGUUGCUGUGACCUACCUUCUCUACAUGCUAGUCACGAUGGAGUCUGUUCGGGGAGUCAAUGUACCCAUGUACACAACCCUUAGGAGGACAACUGUUGUAUUUACAAUGAUUGUGGAAUCCAUUCUUGCAGGUCAGAAGUAUAGUCGUCCUAUUAUUGGAAGUGUGGUGAUAAUCGUGUUCGGUGCUUUUGUUGCUGGAGCUCGGGAUUUGUCAUUUGACUUUUAUGGCUAUGCCAUCGUCUUUCUAUCCAACAUCACAACGGCAAUAUACCUUGCCACCAUAGCGCGUAUUGGAAAAUCAAGUGGCCUUAAUAGCUUUGGCCUAAUGUGGUGCAAUGGAAUCGUCUGUGGACCUUUCUUACUUGUUUGGACACUUAUUCGUGGUGACCUGGCACUGACAAUGGAUUUCCCUUACUUAUUUUCACCAGGGUUCCUGGUUGUAAUGCUUAUGUCUUGCAUAUUGGCAUUUUUCUUGAACUACUCUAUAUUUCUCAACACAACCCUGAAUUCAGCUGUCACACAGACAAUAUGCGGUAACUUGAAGGAUCUUUUCACAAUCUCACUAGGAUGGUUCAUAUUUGGCGGGCUUCCAUUUGAUUUGUUGAAUGUCCUUGGACAGCUUCUGGGAUUUGUUGGCUCUGGUCUCUAUGCCUACUACAAACUCAUGGGAAAGUGAUUAUUGAGAAUGAAUAUCCAUGUGAUCUUUCCAGAAGAGUUAUAAUUUGCAGCAUUUUUUUACCCCCAUUUUUGUACUGGCAAUUAUGUGAUACUGGAAGAGACAAACAUCGGGGUUGUAAAAGUGCCAGUUGACUUAAUGUUACGGAGAAUCAAUUGAGAGAACUGUAGCCUGAUGGAUGACCGAGUCCCAGCAGUGCAGGGCCUUAGAAAAGAAGAAUUACCCCACAAGAAGGUGGAAAACUUAAUUAGUUAAGAUGUACAAGCAAUAACGACAUUCUUUAUCGUGAACAAAUGUGUAAUUUAUAUCAAGUGUUUCAUGGGCAAUUUGUGGAUGGAACUGUAUAUACAAUUUUAUGCAGAUUUUGCUAUUAAUGCAUGUAUUGUUGUGGUAUUUA